AUGUACCCUUACACUUUCGCUCCGCCCAUGCCUACGGACCUGGGGAACCUAGGAUCUCCGGCACCAAUAUAUGUCAUACUGAUCGUCGGUAUGGUGCUUUUUAUGGCCAGUCAUACCAUGCCAGCGCUGUUACCUGAUCCAGCCAAAGUAGGACAAGUGGCACCUAUGAUACUUCAGUGGGGAUUUGGAAUCAUCCUCCUGGCCCUCCUAACCCAGAUGACCGGGCUGGUGCCUGGAGUCCCUCAAUUGCAUAUCACCUAUGUCCACCUAGCCACAGCGUUCAUUAUCUUUUUUCUGAUUUGGAAUCAGGUCAUCGCGGAGAUUCCGGAAGAGGAAUCGGACUCUAAGAGGUCAACAUCCUCAUCUUCAGAGAAGAAAGAUGAGAAGCCUGAGAAGAAGGAGAGUAAGAAGGAAACAGCGGAGACUGAGCCCAGUCCCUGGGAUGAUCUCAGAGCACACCCUUCCGCUUUUCUCACGACGAGAUUGAACCGCUAUCUACCCUGGCCUUUUCCAAUGGGACGCGCUGCGGCUCUUGGACCCGAGCUGUGGUGGGAGAGUGGACAGCCCGCUCAUGUUGGCCACUACAAUAGACCGGAACCUGAAGUGAAAGAGAGUGAAGAGCAGCGAAAGAAGCGGAAAGAAAAGGAAGUUGCGAAAGAAAGGGAAAAGGAGAAAGAGAAAGAGAAGGCGAAAGCGAAAGCUGAAGCUGUUAAAGAAGCUGAGAAGGCGAAAGAGCAGAAGAAAGCUGAGGAGAACAAAAGGAAGGAGUUGGAAAAGGCGAAGAUCAAAGCAGCUGAGAUGGCUAGACUCAAGGCCCUUGACGAUCGACAGAAGCAGAAGCUUUGGAGAACAAAGUUCUUGGCUAUGAUUAUUGGUAUCGGGCUGAUCAAUCGGACGCUGGGUUUUCUUCUUUUGCUCGCCUUCUCUUUGCAGCUUGUAUCGCAAGAACUGAACGUGAAGCCAAUUCCUGAAGCUCCAGUGCCCAGCACUUCUUCCGGAUCUUUUACACGGACAUCAUCCUCUUCCGAGUCAAGGUCGAAAAUCCCCUCAUCGAAGUCUACUGACGAUUUGGAGAAAGCUAAAAGAGCCAAACUCGAUGCAUUGAAGAGACAGGACGAAGCGGCCAAGCCAAGCGAGAGCACCUCUUCCACCUCAUCCAGAGGUUCGUCUCGUCGGACUGAAAGCGAGCAAAGCUCUCGUUCAAGCAAGUCCUCCUCAUCCCCAUCCUCCAAGUCAUCCGACAUCGUCACUAGCUCAGCCAUCAAAGAAGCAGCCGGGAGCAAGACGGUAACUGGCAUUGACCCGGAUUCUGGAGUCGGGGUCCCAUACAAUAUUGGCUUUGGUGUGGCCUAUAUCCAUACGAAGGGAGAGCUUGGGGCUUUAGAUAUCAGGCCGACUGUCGCUGCGAGUCCAGGCAUGAUUCAUCCCCUCAUGUCGUCAAACUACAAAGGCUGGGCCAAUUAA